AGCCCGACAGACAGACGAUGUGAAAGCCGCUUCUGGGUGAUGUUUCUCCUGAAAAACAGGAGUGCGUUUUAAACUUUCUCAUCCUUUUUCUGGAUCAACCAGACGCGACAGGGUGCUUCUUUUCUUUUUUUUAGCCGACGUUGCCUCCACAGCGACUUGCCAUGAGCAUCCCACGGCAGGAGACCUAAACCUCCAGGUCUGUAUCGAGGUGAAGAUGCCUCAUGGACCGCUCCAUCACCGCCAGUGCGCCAGUUCAGGGCAUCCCAAACGACGAAUAACGAAGAAAUGCCGAGGUUUAGCGUCAGAUGGGUGGUUGCGGUGGUGCUGAUGGUCGUGGUCGGCGGCGCUUUCUUCUUCUGCGAGUACCUCAUCUACUUCCCCACCAUCCUCAAGUGCGCCUGGCCGAAGCUCAGUCAUGCCCGGGGCGGAGAGAGCAUCGACGGGCGACCGAUGGACUCAGCUGUCCGCGCCAUGGUGCUGUCGGACACCCACCUCCUCGGAGCUGUAGGGGGGCACUGGUUCGACAAACUGAGAAGGGAAUGGCAGAUGGAGAGGGCUUUUCAGACCGCUCUGUGGCUGCUCAGGCCCGAAAUCGUCUUUAUUCUCGGGGAUAUCUUCGACGAAGGCAAGUGGAGCUCACAGAAGCACUGGGAGGACGACGUACGUCGCUUCCACAGGAUGUUCAGACACUCCACCGACACAGAGCUGGUUGUACUGGUUGGAAAUCACGACAUUGGUUUCCAUUAUGAAAUGGACUGGUUCAAGUUGCAGCGCUUUGAAAAGGUCUUCAACGCCUCCUCCACCAGGAUUGUCACCAAAAAGGGAGUCAACUUCCUGCUGGUGAACAGCGUUGCCCUGCAUGGCGACGGCUGUCCCAUCUGCCAGUCGGUGGAAAAGGAGCUGAUCAAACUCUCCAGAGAUCUCAACUGUUCUCUUCAGAACUCGCAGUCCAGCAGCAAAGGGAUGGAGAGUUGUGAAGGCUCGCAGUCCUAUCCUCCCACAGCUCCCAUCAUGUUACAGCACUAUCCUAUGUACAGAGUGAGUGAUGCCAGCUGCAAAGGACAGGAUGCUGCGCCUGCUGAAGAGCGACACCUGCUGUUCAGAGAGAAGUACGACGUGCUGUCAAAGGAAGCUUCACAGAGGCUGUUGCAGUGGUUUAAGCCUCGCCUCAUCCUGAGCGGACAUACCCACAGCGGAUGUGAGGUUCUCCAUGACAACAAGUACCCAGAAAUCAGUGUGCCGUCCUUUAGCUGGAGGAACAGGAACAACCCCAGCUUCAUCCUGGCGUCGGUUUCGGCCGGCAGUUACACAAUGUCCAAGUGUUUCCUGCCGGAGGAGAGCACGGUGAUCGGCGUUUACUGCUCGGCUGGCGCCUGCCUGCUGCUGCUCUUCCUGGCCCACUGUCUGUGGAUGAAAGGUCUGCUGCAGUGCCUCAGCCUGGUCCUGCUGGGGAAGCACAAGUCUCUGUGAAAUCUGUUACCACUGUCUCUGGAGCUUCAUGUGAGGAUCUCUUCAAGUGUGACGUUCCUCGUCCUGAGUUGGCAAAAAGCCUGUCCAUAUAAACUCUGUGUCACGGCAUGGGGAAGGACAUGAAUAUAUGUUUCACAUUUCUUUAUAGGACUAAAAGGUUAUGAUGAUGGUGGUGUGAAUGUAGCUGAUGAUGGGAGCCAAAUUCUUACAAAUAAUCAGUGGGAGAUCCAGACUUUUGGAAAAUAAAAAAGAAAAAUGUUUUCACUCAGAAAAGUAACUUUCACUGACUUCAAAAGUGCGCAACUGAAUAAUUAGAGUGAACACACAUGGAAUUUAGUAGGACAAAUCAAACACAAAUAUGUGUAAAUAUUACCUGAUUAACAAUCUGAUGUAAGGUGGCAAAGUAGAGUUAUGUUGAUGCUUUAUGUUUCUUCCUCUGUUCACCUGUGAGCCAUGAACACACCGAUCUCUCACUCUGAACACCGUCUGCUCCUGUCAUUAAUGUCACAUCUUCCAUCACGGCUGCUCCUUGUUUUUAUGAAAUAUAUUUAUCUCUGACUUCUUGUGCCAAAUGUUUGUGAGGGGUUUUUUGCCAAACUGUUGAAACAUUUCUGAAGAUCUGUAAAUAAUAAAGAGUUUUCUGUUGAAUAAAGGAAAUUGAGUA